ACGUACAAGCCAUAGCCACACCAAAACACUCCCACCACGCACCGGUUUUUCAAUGCCAUAGAACAAGCUGUUCUUAAGCAUAUCAUGCAUAAAAUGCCUUCAUUUCUGUUGGCCUUACGUGGCUACUUAACCUUAAGUUAACUUUAACUUCAUGCGUCUUUUCUUUCUCUGAUAUAUACAUAUAUACAAACAUAUGCAUUCUGUUGCACCCCUGUAUUUUCGCUAUUGUCGUACCUAAUUCAUUUUGAUUCUGAUAUACUUGGCUUUAAUGGCAAUAGAGCAGGAACAACUAUCCACCGAAAUCGUCAACCAAGGAAUUAAAGAUUCCGGUCCGAAUGCAGGUUCUUUGAGCUUCUCUGUCAGAGUCCGGCGUGGCUUGCCGGAUUUUCUAAGUUCUGUUAACUUGAAAUAUGUGAAACUUGGAUACCUAUAUCUCCUUAGUCAUCGCUAUUAUUUCCUAGUUGCGCCAGUUGUGACGGUGCUCUUCAGUGCUCAAUUAGGCAAACUUGCUUGGCAAGAAUUUUUCCUCAAAUGUGACGUUGUUGAUGCUUUUUUCAUGAUUGGAUUACUGGGUUUGAUUGUAUACGUUUAUCUUGAUUUAACCCCUCGCGCUACUUAUUUAGUCGAUUUUUCGUGCUAUCGUCCACCAAAUGAGCUCAAGAUUUCAAAAGGGGAGUUUAUAGACUUGGUUAGAAAAUCGGGGGACUUUAACGAUGAAGCCAUCGAAUUUCAACGACGGGUUCUGAAGAAUUCAGGCAUUGGAGAUGAGACAUACAUGCCGCGAGCGAUAUUUCAGCCUGGACAAAGAAUAAGCCUUAAAGAAGGCAGAGAAGAAGCAGCAAUGAUGAUGUUUGGAGCAAUAGACGAUCUUCUCUCCGCAACCAAAAUACGGCCAAAAGACAUCAAAAUUCUUGUGGUAAACUGUGGAAUCCUAAACACUACUCCAUCACUCUCAUCAAUGGUGAUUAACCAUUACAAAAUGAGGCAUAGUAUUCAAAACUUCAAUCUCGGUGGCAUGGGUUGUGCUGCUGGACUAAUAGCUAUUGAUCUUGCCAAAGACAUGUUAAAUGCAUAUCCAGGGUCAUAUGCACUGGUGGUUAGUACAGAAGUUGUGAGCUAUACAUGGUACAAUGGCAACGACACCGACAUGCUUUUCUCGAAUUGCUUCUUUCGGAUGGGCACUUCUGCUAUGUUGCUCUCUAGUCGUCGCCUUGAUCGAUGGCGCUCCAAGUAUGAACUCAAGCAGAUUGUUCGAACGCACAAAGGCGUGGACGACAGAAGCUUCAAGUGUGUACAUCUAAAGGAAGACAAUGAAGGGAAGGUAGGAAUUUCAGUGAACAAAGAUGUGUUUGAAGUAGGAGGACAUGCAUUGAAGGCAAACAUCACAACCCUUGGUCCUCUUGUCCUUCCAGUCUCAGAACAAGUCCACUUCUUCACAAACCUACUCUUCAAGCGAAAAACCGACAAGUCCAAGCCUUACAUACCAGACUACAAGUUAGCAUUUGAGCAUGUGUGCAUACUUGCAACUAGCAAGAAAGUGUUGGAUGAGAUACAGAAGAACCUGGAACUCACAGAUGAAUACAUGGAGGCAUCAAGGAAGACAUUGGAGAGGUUUGGAAACACAUCAAGUAGUAGUGUUUGGUAUGAAUUGGCUUACUUGGAGGCAGCUGCUGCAAACACUAGUAAAAGGAUCAAAAAGGGUGAUAGGGUUUGGCAAAUUGCUUUUGGCUCUGGAUUCAAGUGUAAUAGUGUUGUUUGGAAGGCUCUUAGGGAUGUUGGGAGACCUAAAAGGAGUCCAUGGUUUGAAGAAGAUUCUAAUUCUAUGUAG